AUGUGGCUAGCGUACUUUGCAGGGUUGGUGUGUGAAAUUAUCACCUGGGUGACUGGGACCACCACCACCCUGAGCCGGGGGAGUGUGCGGGAUGCAUGUGCUAUACGGUAUGCUAGCGGCGAUAAGGCUAGGGAGAUAUUGGGGUACGAGGCUCGCAUUGGCAUGGAGGAUGCCAUUCGUGACUAUGCUCGCCGUAUCGGAGUUCAAAUUCCCAUUCAAGAUCGAUCAGGGAAAUUGGACCCCAAUCCAUGA